AUGUUGAAAAAUUCUCUGUUUAAUACAGAAUCGAAUGACAUCUAUAAUAUUCGUNUGCAAUCAGUUGAAACAUUAGUUAUUUUGGAAUCUGACCACGUUGAAGCUGAUACUCGUAUAUUUUUACAUGUUUAUGAUGUUGAGCUUGAUAAUGACAAAGGGAAAUUCAAUGGUAUUGUCAUACAAUCAAUUGAUACCGAUGUUUUCAUUCUAGCAUUAGCACAUGUGAAGUUAAUGAUGUUACCCAACUAUUAUGUUAGGAAGUUUAACUCGUCUACAAAACUGACAUCAUUUAUCAAUAUAAAAGCAAUCGGCUGUUUAUUACCAAUUAAAUGGAACAUUACCGAACCAACUGUACUUUUAGUACUGCAUGCGCUAUCAGGAUGUGAUUCGACAUCAUUUACACGAAAUAUUACAAAAAAGACUUAUUUCAAUACCUACUUAUCGAAUCCAGAUCAAUUUCAGCAUUUACUGGAAUUUGGUGGCGAAGGCGGAAUUACAAGAUUGCCGAUGAAAGCAGCAGAAGAUUUACUGAUUUCGUGUUAUACUAAAUCGAGAGGUUACAAAUCAUUAUUGGCAAAAACAGCUCCAUCAUCAUCAACACAUACUGUAUCAUUGAACUCUUUACGGCAAAAUUUGGCGAUUAAAUAUUGCAAGAAUCAGACGACGGAUAUAUGCAUAAAACUUCCACCAACAUCCGACUCAUUUCAGCAACAUUGUAAACGUGCAUGGAAACAAGUUUUUAUUUGGAAAAAAACAUUUGAACCAUUCGACUUGGUUAGUUGUUAUCCGAUUGAAGAUUAUGGCUAUGAUCGAACAAGCAAUAAUGAAUUGAUCAUUCGAUGGUUUACAAACUCAGAAUUACCAAAUCAUUUGUCUCUCAGUCGUUGUGUGAAAUGUACAUCUGGCUGUCAACGAUGCAAAUGUGCUGCAAAUAAUCUAUGUUGUACUCCUCUGUGUGGAUGUUCAUCUGGUGAAUGCACUAACCGUACGACUAUACAAGUUAUGAAAAAAUCAACAAAAGAAAACUCGAAACCUGUCGUUCGGAAAAUACUGACAUUUGAUGAUACUUUCGAUGACUACGACGAUGACAGUGAAACAGAUGUUUAUAUUCAAAACAAUAAUUGUAUUGACGCCGCAGAUGACGAAUAUGACGAUGACGGAAUUGAUGAUACAGUGCAAUCUAUGUAUGAUAACUACAGCGAUGCCGGUUCUGAUAGAUCAUUCGAUGGCAAUUAUUUGGAUGGUAAUGAGAGUGAAUCUGAUCUGCUCAAUUUAUCAAUUACUAGUGACCAUAGUUACUGUUAUCAAUCAACACCAUUUGCACUUAAAUGUUCUGCUAAUGCCCAAAAUGCUGUUGCAUCAUCAACUGUACUACGACAAGAUGAUUUCAAUCCUUUUCAAAAUCAAAUUUCACCAAUUAGUUCACACACAAGCUCAAGAAAAUUAAGUACCACAACAACGAACUCUAACGGAGUAAAUACAGCACUAAAACCGAUGAAACGAAAACCAAAUUUCAGCGCUAAUACAUCUGCACAAAGUACACCGCGUCAGAUUAUCUCACGCAAAAAGAAACUUUAA